AUGAAGAUCCGCUGUGCUCUGGCCCUAACUCUGGGCCUGGCUCUCCCCGCAACAAUCUUCGCAGAACCAAAAGACCCCCUCGACGUGUUGGGCAACAUCGAAGCCCUCGCCAGCCUGAAACAAUUCGUCUCGAUCGCAUCGAGUCUCUCAUCGCUUAUCGACGACACCAAUGACAACAACAAUAACAAACGAGGCGGGUCGCCGCUCGACAAGCUCGCGAAUCUCAAUUUCAACCUCAACCCCAAUGCUCCAGAUCCAGAUCCAGACUCGAAUUCAGACCCAUCAGCGCCAGACCCGCUAGACCUCGGCCAGAAACUCCAAGUCCUCUCGCAGAUGAAACAUGUCGCGGGAAUCGCAUCUACACUCCUCGAUGCAAUCGGCGAGCGCGAUCCGGCGACGAGCGAGAGGUUGAAGACCGUCGGGCAGACUUCGACCGGGGAAGUGGCGCCCGUUGACAUUGACCAGAUUGAUAUCCUCGGUGGGAUCAAGGCGUUGCAGCAGUUUGCGUCGUUUGCGAGUGGGUUGGGGUCUGUGCUUGAUGUUGAUGCGUUGGUUGAUAAGAAGAAGAAGAGUGAACCCGGGCCCGGGGCGACAGAGGAGAGAGAGGGGCGGCGCGGGGCACCACCGCCACCGAAGGCACAGAGACAGACGACAUUUCAACAGGCCAAAACACAGAAGACCCAGAAAGGAAAUGUACCGCCGGCGAGGGAGCCGGUCGAUUUCCUCGCGCGACUCGACGCGAUAAAGACAAUCACGACGCUAGCCUCGAAGCUGUCGGCGCUCACUGACCCAGCCAGCGACAUUCCUCUCGUCGAGCGCGUCCAGAGGCUGAUGAACGACCCGGACGUCAACGAUGCCGUCCAGUACAUAUACAGCAAUGCAGGCAAGGUAUUUACGCCGGAAGUCCUUGAAGCAGCCAAAGCUUUCAUCCGAACGAGUAACCUCGUUCCACCCGAGUACCGCGAGUUUGCAGUUGCAGUCCUCGAAACGAUGGGCGCGGUGUUUAGUCCCAAGUUUGCAAAGGACUAUGCGCAGGCGAUGGGGACGAUUGCGGGCGUGGGUAUUGAUUUCGCACCCAUUAUAACCGCUGCGUAUGAUAUUUUCCAGUGGGUGAUGAAAACCUUCGAUCCAGAGUACAUCCGCUGGAUGAAUCGCGAAGUCCUCAUCUGGAAGAAAGCGAUUACGUCGCCGCAGAUGGGGAUGUUGACAAGCUACCUCGCCGACCCGGAGACGCUGGCUAGUGUGACGGGGUCGAUUGAGAGGAUUAAACACGCUCUUACAGCGGACCGGAUCCAUCGGCUGCACAAGCUGUUUGAGGAAGAGGGGCUCUUCGAUAUCGAGGAUGGCGAGUAUAAAGAGUUUGGCGGGCAUCUCGGAGCAAGGUUCCGGUGGCAGUUUACGACGGAGGAGGGGCUCGAUGAGCUGAAGGGGUUCCUUGCCGAGUUGGAGGAGCUGCUACGCACGGGGGCGUUGGACGUCGCCGCUCGCGUCAUGCAGAUGCGCGCUCCGGUUGUGGCGCCGCAGAUUGCGGGUGAUGUACAUGCUCUGUAUACACAGUCUACGGUUGUCGUCGACAUCCUGUCCAAGAUUACAGAAGCGCUACACGACUUUGUCAACAUCAUGCACCCCCUCCUCGAGUUCGAAGUGCGAGCUGAGAGGGUGACAAGCUCCGAGUUCUGGAGUGAAGCAAACUCUGUUCUUGCAAAGUUUGCUGCGAUUCCGGCGGCCUCGCUCUCGGCCGUGAAUGAGUUGCUGGUGACUCUGGCCAGGGUCCUUGAGCCAGAACAUACUUCAGCCUUACGUCUGCUAAUUUUGGACGCCGUUGGAACUUUAUCUGAGCCGAGAGUCUUUGGGUCUGUAACUUUAAACGUUCCUGGGAAUGUUAGCGGGGUCGUUUUCGGGAGGGGACUGGAGAUCUUAGGGCUUGUCGAGACGCCUCCUGUACUUGAAGCUGAUGAUCUGGGGAAUGUUUUGAAUCUAUUGCACAGGUUGGAGGACGCACUCGCUCCUGGUGAAGUGGACAAGGCGAGGGAAACUCUGUUGUUCGUGAACAAGGUCUUUGAGUCUGAGGAGCUGGGAGCACUCCCGAAUCAUGACGAGCUAUGA